GUCUUGACGUUCUGGCAACAGUGCUCGUAGGUUGUUUAGUCCUUUAAAAUCGCAGCAAACAUGGCCGAUACCGCUGAAAUUACCAAAGCUCUUGUGUUUUCGUAUUUAACCCAGACGGACGCCAGUUUGGCGAAGUCAGUCACGAAGAAGUUAGGCCAGCCUUCGGUAAAGCUGCCUACAGAUUCACCAUCAGUUGUGGAAUUAGUAGAACAUUUCAUUAAGACAUCUCCCAACAAACGGCGAUUAAGCUUAGAGACUCCCACUGCCAAGAAAGCGCGCAAAGAUGAAUCUUCAAGUUCAGAGGAAAGCUCAGAAGAGGAAACAGAAGCUAAGAAAGUCCCUCCUAUGGUUAAUGGGAAAAGUCCAAAGACUCCUGUAGGUGUUAAAAAGAAGAGGGAAUCAUCAUCUUCGGAAGAGUCGUCUGACGAGGAGCCUGAAAAACCGGUGCCAGGCAAACAGAAGCAGACACCAGCUAAAAAAGUGCAGAAAGUUGCUAAACCAGAAUCAAGUUCUGAAGAAUCCAGCUCUGAAGAGGAGUCAAAACCAGCAAAGCCCAAUGGUACUCCAGUAGCUAAAGUUGCCACUCCUGCAGCAAAACCUGCUGCCAAGCCAGCUGAGUCAAGUUCUGAAGAAUCAAGUUCAGAGGAAGAAGAAAAGGUAGCACCACAGAAUUAUAAGCCCCCCAAUCCUUUAGCGUUGAAAUCACCCGAAACUGUUGCUAAACCAGCUGAAUCCAGCUCUGAGGAAUCAAGUUCUGAAGAUGACGAGCCAGCAAAGCCUGUCGUCAAGAAAGCUGUCACCCCAACUGCAAAGCCUGCUGCCAAGGGAGCCACACCUGCUAAACCUGUCGCUAAGCCUACGGAAUCCAGCUCUGAAGAGUCGAGCUCAGAGGAGGAAGAGGAGCCAGCGAAGCCAUCAGCGAAGAAAGCACCACCACCUAAGCAAGUAGCCAAGCCACCAGAAUCAAGCUCUGAAGAGUCUAGUUCAGAGGAGGAAGAACCAGCAAAGCCGGUUGCUAAGAAAGCUGCUCCACCAGCUACCAAGCAACCUGCUAAGCCAGCUGAAUCAAGUUCUGAAGAGUCAAGCUCAGAGGAGGAAGAUGAACCACCAAAACCUGCUGCUAAGGCAGCUGUAGCUGCUGCCAAACCGGCUGCUAAGCCUGCUGAAUCAAGUUCAGAAGAAUCCAGCUCUGAAGAGGAAGAACCAUCAAAGCCUGCUCCAGUGGCUGCCAAGGCUGCUCCGCCUGCUGCUAAAGUAGCAGCUAAACCAGCUGAAUCAAGUUCAGAAGAAGAAUCAAGCUCUGAGGAGGAUGAACCUCCAAAAGUUGCAAAACCUGCUAAUAAAGUUGCUACUCCUGCUGCCAAGCCUGCUGAAUCUAGUUCAGAAGAGGAAUCAAGCUCGGAAGAAGAACCUGCAAAGCCUGCUCCAAAGGCUGCACAACCAGCUCCAUCAAUGCCCAAGCCAGCUGCUAAACCUGCAGAGUCGAGUUCUGAAGAAGAGUCAAGCUCAGAUGAGGAAGAUGCACCUGCCAAGCCUGUUGCUAAAACUGCAGCCAAGCCAGCAGCCAAAGUGCCAGCUAAGCCUGCUGAUUCUAGUUCAGAGGAUUCGAGCUCAGAAGAAGAAGAGGCAAAACCUGCAGCCAAAAAAGCACCAGCAGCAACUCCAAAGGCUGCUCCUAAACAGGCAGCAAAGUCUAGUUCUGAAGAGGAAUCUAGCUCUGAUGAAGAAGACAAUGCACCGGCAAAACCAGAUGGGAAAACAUCCCAAGCCAAAGCAGCUCCAGCUGCCAAGCAAGCAAAGGAAUCGAGCUCUGAGGAGGAAAGCUCGGAUGAGGAGGAGGACGAGAAAGCCCCAGCCAAACCUGCCCCGGUAAAGGCAGCACCUCAAGCUGAGGAAAGUAGUUCUGGAGAAGAAUCUGAAGAGAGUGAAGAGGAGGAACCUGUCAAAAAGACCAAUACCUUUACUCCUGGGAAGCUUUACAAUGGUACAGCUGAUAAGAAAGCAGCCAAUUCAUCGUUUAAUAAUUCUCUAAAUUCUUCUGUGAAUUCUUCAAUGAACGGCUCCUUUAGUACCCCGGGGUAUCCCAAGAAGAGUGAGCCAUUCCGGAGAGUACGCGAGGAGGAAGUCUUCAUCAAUCCCAAAUUUGACAAUUCAUUUCAGUCCAAGAGAGGCAGUGCUGGUAGCUGGGGAGAACGAGCAUACCACGAUCUCAAAGUGACUAAAGGCAAAGGAUUCAGACACGAGAAGAACAAAAAGAAGAAAGGCAGUUACCAAGGAGGGUGUUUAGAUUUAUCAGUGAAUUCCAUCAAGUUUGACUCUGAUUAAAGAGGCAUUUAUUUUGCUCAGAAGUUCUUCCCUUGACCGAGUACUGAUAUGCCAGUAUGUAAGCAGCAUCCAUCGUUCAUGUUCUCUAAAUAUUCACCUGCUCAGGGUUCAUGACUUUCAUUUCAUUGUAACGUGCAUAAGUGUGUUGGCAACGUGUGAAAGGUCUAUCAGCAUAGGUAUUUGUAAGGUAGUUAUUUUUCAUGUUCAGUUUCCUCUUAAAACUGUUUUUGUUGCAUCUACUGAUAUGGGUGCUAUGGUGGGCAGUACAUCUUGCAGAAGACAAGUUUCAAGUAUUUGGUUGCCAAUCAAAGACUUGUGGGGGAUAGUACCUGCCAAUUAUUGGAAAGUAUAUAAGUUUUAGGAAUAUUUUGGUUACUGAGUCUAUAUCUUUCAGAUAUGUUUUAUGUUUUGUUUGACACUUAUGGAGGAGUAAGCAUUGUUUGUUAACCAUGUUCAUUACUAGUGCGAUAUGGUUCUAAGAUUGUAAAGUUUGGUAAAGUUUAUACAGAACUUUGUUUUUGAUGUCAUGGUCAGAAAUGUUGGUUCUGACUAGAUGAAUAAAGGGUUUGCCAGGCAGUGUCUUCACAGCCUUGUUUGUUCAGAAAUGUGAUUGUAAGUGGUUGCAUCACUUGGUGCGUAGAAUUUGGUUUGCUGUCCUUUAGGUGUUGCUGUGUCAAUGGCUCAUGUAAACUAAAUUCACAUUUUAUACUUGGAGAGUAAAGUGGUAUACUGAUAUAUACCCUAAAGAGUAAAUGUCGUAAAGCUGUAUUCUUUAUUCCAUUCUUCAUAGUGUGCUGUGUGACACACCAUGGUACUGAAGGUUUUUUGUGAGGCCCUAUUGGUCAUAGCGCCUAUACAUUGUCUCCCUUUUACUUUGUUUCCUUGUCUGAUUUUUUUUUUAAUAUAUGAGACCCUAUUGGUCAUAUUGCCUAUACAUUGUCUCCCUUUUACUUUACCUCUGUUCCUUUAGUUUCCUUGUCUGAUUUUUUUUUUUUUCUUCCCUUUUUAUAAGAUCAAAUCUCUAGGUCAGCCCUUUAAUGGUCUUGUAAUUUAUCUGUGGAUAAAUCUCUUCCCCUUGAAUAGACAGUAGAUUUGUGAGGCUUUCAUGCGUAGAUGCUAGGUUUGUUUAAAAGUUGUUAAUCGUUAUUUAGUGCUCUUCUGUUUAUGUGCUCCAUGCAAGAAUUCAUCCUAGUUGGUUUGUGAUGAUUCUUGAUCACAUUUACAAAAAUAUAUUUUAAAUUUUUUUUUUUUUUUUUUUUAAGAAUUAUCUUGUAUGUUCACUGAAAAUUGUAUUCCUGUGCAAGGUGCAAGGUAUGCAGAUGAGAUAAGAUCUCCUGAUGAAGAUAACAUUUUUAGGUUCAAAUAAACACAAGGCAUAACAGUAUGCUACAUAGUUGCCAUAGUAUUUGCAAAUGUACUUGGCAGUACCUUGUUCUUGGGUGGUGCAGCCUAAUCCAGUUUGUUACAUCCCCUCUCUCUCUUUGACAUUGAUAAUGACACCAUAAUGUAUAUAUUAUUCACGUCAUUACUUUAAUUCUCUCAUAUUUUUCUGGCUGUUGGGUUAUGCUGCGUUGCAAUGUGAAUUUUUACCAGAUGGUGAUAAUAUUUUUUAAAUAAAUAUAUAAAAUAGAAAAA